CCAUCUGCAAUACCAAAAUAAAAUAAAAUGAAUAAACAAAAAGAACAAACAGUCCAACUUCCAUGCCUUUUGUCCUCCAAAACCAUUUGCGUCGGGUGUUGAAGUCAAAGCGGUCGGAGGGAUUGGAGCCUUCCUCUCUUCUUCUCUGUUCAGAUCGGAGAUAGAUUCAUCUCUGUCCGAUUCUGCCCCCAUGGUAACCUCAGACAAAUCUAGCAGCAUAAAAGGGGUAUCUGUUUUCGAUGUGCCCAUCACCAGAGGCACAGUCGGUGGUCUCUUUGUCUGUUGGAAUCGCCGUUGCUGGCCCAUCCCUCCCAUUUGUUUAUUAUUAAUUUCUUCUCCUUUCACCUUCUGCGUCGCUUCCGUCGAUCCACCGACACCCCCUUUAACAGUCACCCCACGAGGGGGUCAACUUCAGAUUGCGCUCGGUAUCAGUGUUUCACUUGUAUUGCUUCUCACUUUGUUGUCUGGUAUGGGGUUUUUGUUCAGAUUUCUCAGGUUGAAGAAACAGAGAAAAAGCAGGGCAGGGAAUCAAGUGGAAUCAAUCGAUGCGGAGGUUGGUGAUUCUAACUCUAAGGUGAAGGAUCAUUGCGGCGGUGAUUACGGUGGGUCUGCGAGGAAGUACAGUUGGGAGGAGAUAAAGCAUGUGACGAUGGAUUUCGCCCGCGUGAUUGGGUCAGGUGGGUUCAGUAAUGUCUAUUUGGCUAACUUGUCCGGUUCCCAUCAAGGAGCAGUGAAGGUCCAUGUCAAUUGUGACCGUCUCAACCAGGUGUUCAAGCAGGAAUUGGACAUCCUCCGCCGCAUCAGCCAUGGAAACAUCGUGAAGCUUCUUGGCUACUGUGACGAUAAAGAGGAAGGAGCCAUGGUGUUCGAGUAUGUCCCCAGUGGAAACUUGCAGGAGAAGCUGCACGACAGUGAAUCGGUGCUUCCAUGGAGUCGCCGGACGGUAAUAGCUUUCCAGCUUGCCCAGGCGACUGAAUACCUCCACGAAAAGUGUACUCUCCAGAUAGUUCAUGGCGACAUUAAAGCUUCGAAUAUUUUGCUGGACGAACAUCUGAAUUGCAAGCUCUGUGAUUUUGGUUCGGCCAAAAUGGGGUUUUCGGCGACGGUGCUUCCGCCGACGUCGUCUUCUGGUUCUUACCACCGGAGCAAGCCGGUAAUGAUUGGAUCUCCGGGUUAUACCGAUCCCUAUUACUUGAGAACCGGAAUUGCCUCAAAGAAGAACGACGUUUACGGUUUGGGAGUCAUAAUUUUGGAACUUGUCACCGGAAAGCCGGCCUUUUCCCCGGAAAAAGGACAGCAAUUAACGUCGAUCCUUGCACCUAAUUUACGGAACAUUUCCGAACACGUAGCAGAAGAGAAAAUAGCAGAACUGGUAGACCCACGACUGGCCGGAGAAUUCAACCUGGAAGAAGCCAGGAGCAUGCUUUCCAUCGCCGCAGGUUGCAUUCAACAGUCUCCGACUCUUAGGCCCUCCGCUACUCAAAUCUUGCAGACUUUGGAGCAGAAAAUUCCUUCCGUCUCCUUCCGUUACUCAUCCCAGAAAGAUUACCCUUAGAAACUUCCAAAAUUGAUAGGGACAAUUUCAUGUAUAAUAUUCUAUAAACUUUUUUUCCUUUGUAAUUAUAAAUCAGGUUUAUCAGGCUGUGCAGGGUGCUUCCAUAAAUAAAUAAAAACAAAACCGUUGAAGAAGCAAAAGAUUACAAAAAUAGUGUGGGAACUUAGAAAUUGUAAAUUAAAAUGAAAUGGAAAGU